CCUGUGGGCAUUUGGGCCUGAAUGGACGCUCAAGCCAGUGGCUUCACAGCACCCCCAAUACAGGGGUCUUUUGAAGUACUGAAGGUACAAGGCACCGAGACCGGAGCAGAUCCUGACCCUGGACUUGGCAACAGCGCACAGACUUUUUCUGGACGGCAACAGUCGGGGAAUUCCUCCCUCCAAAAGAGUCAACAGCCAGUUAGUAUAAAAAUGACACAAGCUGCACACAUUGACAAUAAUCCCACUGACGGUGAAGGGAAGAAGCCACUCUAUACCCUCUGCAAAACCUCUAUUAUGAUGCGGCUCUCAGUCGGAGCUCUCCUGGCUCUAGUGGCCUGUCUGCCACACACAGGCGCUCAGCAUGAGGACUCAGAGGUCUCAGCUCAUCGGCGGCCGAGGAGAAUGAUUGGGGGCCUCUUGGCAGAUAGUGUUCCUUGGCAUGUGAUGGUGUAUCUGGGCGAAGGGGUGUUUGAUGGCGGAUUCGCUGGCGGUGCUCUCAUCUCAGACCGCUGGGUGCUGACAGCGGGAAGGAACCUCUUCAUCAGAAGGAGUCGAGACGCCACUCAAGGAAAACAGCCCCUCAUCCCCAAGAUCUACAUGGGGAUCACUAAUCGUGCCAAUGCUGAUGCUUCCACUGAGGCGGCAGUCGACAAGGUAUUCUUACACCCAGGCUUUCAAAACACAUCAGACUGGGACAACGACCUGGCCUUGAUCCGGCUGAAAAGUCCUGUCACUUUCAGUCAGUCAGUGAUGCCCAUCCCUCUCCCUGAGCGGGGGGAUGACCUGGAGGAGACGCCGGGAACCCUGGGCCUUGUCGCCGGCUGGGGCUGGGGCAGGGACUUCGUCCAGUCCAAGUUCCUCAAGUUCCUCAAGCUGCCCGUGGUCUCCUGCCAGUCCGAUGACCAGGUCAUGUCCGGCACCCCGGUGGUGGACGACAACAUGCUCUGCACCGGCCCAGGAGAGUACGAGGCCAACGUGUGCUUCUGGGACGCAGGUAGCGCUCUGCCGGUCCUGAGCCCAGGACACAACAGGGUUUACGCAGCCGGGAUCCUGUCUUACGAUAAGGGCUGCAAUGUGAAGAGCUACGCCGUUUACACAAAGAUAUCCCCCUACCUGCCAUGGAUCCAUGAGGUCAUGAGGGGUGAUAAAGACUAUGCCUCCCAACGCUUCUCUGCCCUGGCCCGCAUGUUUUCCAGGAAGUUUUAGCCUGUGUGUCAUCCCCCCGACAUUGUCUGACAUAUCAUUCUUUAGUAAUGUUUUCUAUGCUAUGUCUAUACCUUGUGCAAUGCAACUUCAUGCAAAUACAGUGUUUUCUCUGCUUCCUCCAAA